AUUUACUCAUGGCUGUCGCCGCCAGACCCGUCAACAAACUAUCACAAAGCAUUACAGCAAAGGCAGGAAGGUACCGGACAGUGGCUGCUACACUCACUCAUGUUCAAGCAGUGGAACGUCCAGCAGAAUUCUUUCUUGUGGCUGCAUGGUAUCCCGGGAUGCGGAAAGAUAGUUCUAAGCUCUACCGUUGUACAACAUCUUGAAUCGAGCAAUCCUGCUCUGAUCUUGUUGUACUUCUACUUCGACUUCAACGACACCAGCAAGCAGACGCUUAAGAAUAUGGUUACUUCACUUGUCAGCCAGCUU